AUGCUGAAAUGUGAGUUUGAUUCAGGAAAGAACACUGACGAUAUGGGCGAUCCAGCAGCCUGCAAGCAUAUCCUCCUAAUUCUACUCGUGCUGAAUAUUAGCAAAAAUGAUGGAACACGACAAGAAUCUGAUUUAGGACAGAUAUUGGCAACCUGCUGUACAGUUCACUACCUUUCCAUUGCAUAUGCAAUUCACCUUCCGGUGCUAUCAGUUAUCGCGCUCACUAUCUUUAUCUCUUUCUUUCCUUUACUCUUCUCAAAUGCCUCUAUCAAACGCCAUGAGCUUAUUUGGCCCUGUACGGCGCGGUCAGGGAUUUGGAGGCGGACAUGGGAAAGGCAAAGGACAGCGGGGCGGAAAAACAGUUCCAGCAAACUGGCUCUUGCAAGUUCGAGGCAAAAUGCAAGUUCUCCCAUAAUCUUUCAUCUAGUGGAAAUAAUGAACAUGUACCGAGAGAGCACCCCCCGAGACCCAAGGAGACGCCAGAGCAACAGCGAGCGAAAGCUGACUACAGCAAAGAACGAGAGGACCGCGGAGCGGCCGUGGCAGGGUGAUCUUGCGACCCUGAACGGAGAUGAACGAGAAUGGAAACAAAUGCUCCGACGAGAUCUUAGUGAUGAGGAGUACGUUGGUCCACAGCACAUCAUGAACAUGAUAGAUAAGCCGACACUCUCCGAAGACUAUGGCGUGUAUGUUCGACUUGUCCGGCCUUUCAUUCUUGUCACUACUCACUCUUCUUUCCUAGAUUGCCUUUCUUCUAAUACUCCCGUUGGGCUUCUGUACAACUCCCAUCUCUGCGAAACACUAGUCAAAUCCCAAUUCAAUGCUGCAUCCUCACCCACUGCCGUUGAGACGGCGCUUGACCUUCCAACUCUAAUCAAGUGGAUGAAAAAUACAGCCCAAGUCGUCACUAGAGAGGCCCAAUCCCUGGCUUUUCCAAUCGUCCUUGGCCAAAUUGACGAGAUACGUGCAACCGUAGCACGCGCAAGUAGAUUGUUUACCCAAGAGGGAGAAGGCCAAGAGGCAGAUUUCCUCCCAUCAACCGAUCUGGACCAGCUUCAUGUCCUCCACGACCAAGCUGAACGGCAUAUUGAUACACACUUCCGACUUCUUCGACACGACACAUUCGGAGAAUCGAUAGAAGCUCUCGGAAGCCUGAUACACGUCUUCGAGAACGAUCCGGCCAGUCUCUGGAACCCCAAAUUAAAAUUUGGAGAUUUCCGGGAUGCGAGGUUUGGAAAUGAACAUAUCGUUUCAGCAGCUUUGCCCUUCACAAAAGAAACCAGCCUCAGAGAUACGCAACUCGCUAAAUACAGCACUUGUUCUUUAGCGUCAGCGGCAGGAACACAGACGAGAAUAGAUCACAGCCUCACGAAAGAGGGCCGCCGGAGUGGUAUGAAGCAGUUUCUCUUAAAAAGACUCGCUGCUAUCAAGCAGGCAAUGGUGAGUGAGACUAGGGGGGUCGCGACGCAUAUGGGGCAUUGUUCGCUAUCGGCGAAUGCGGCAAGCCAAUGGAGUAAGCACCCUGUCAAGAAUGCGGAGCUCGAAUUAGAGGGUCAAAUCAUGAAGUCAUUCCCAGGUAUGAGAAUAAGGGCAUAUUGGCGCAUACUACAGAACAUGAUAAGGAUCUAA